UCAACUCAAAUAUUUAACACCUUUUAUCCAUUUAUAAGUAGAUUCCAUCAACUGGUCAACAUACAGUUUUAGAGGAAUUUUAAAAUGGCAACACAACAAUUACUGAUAAUUUCAUCACUAGUUUUAUGUGGAUCUCUGGUGUUGUUCUUUGCAUAUCUCACCAAUUUUUUACUUUUACAUCCAAGAAAAUUGAGAUCAAAACUUCAAAGCCAAGGGAUUAAGGGACCUUCUUCAUUAUCUUUUCUCUAUGGAAAUAUCAAGAAACAGGCAACCCCAGAAGAAACCAACAAUCAAGAAUUAGAAGAAAACAAACAUACAUGGCCUUCCAGAGUGUUUUCACAUAUAAAACAGUGGCAAAUUGAAUAUGGAUCAAUAUUCAUGUAUUCAUCUGGAACCAUACAGAUACUAUGUGUAACUGAUGCAGAUAUGGUGAAAGAGAUAUCUUUGAACCUUGGAAAGCCAUCUUACUUAUCCAAAGAUCAUGGUCCUCUUCUAGGCCAAGGCAUUUUCUCUUCAAAUGGCCCUUACUGGGCUCAUCAGAGAAAGAUCAUUGCCCCUGAAUUCUAUCUCAACAAGGUUAAGGAGAUGGUGAAGCUGAUGGUUGAAUCCACCAGUAACAUGAUAGAAUCAUGGGAUGAGAGAACAAGAAAUUCAGAAGGAAAAUCGGAGGUUAAGGUGGACGAUGAUCUCAAGAGUUUGUCAGCAGAUAUAAUCUCAAGUGCUUGUUUCGGAAGCAGCUAUGCUGAGGGGGAACAAAUGUUCCUAAAACUUCAAACCCUUCAAAUGGUUAUGUCCAAAGUUCCCAUUGGAGUUCCUGGAUUGAGGCAUAUUCCAAGUAAACAUAAUAGGGAGAUAUGGAGAUUGGACAAAGAGAUUAAAGCAAUGAUAUUGAAGAUAGUACGAGCACGGAGAAGCCCUACUCAUGAGAAAGACCUUCUGCAAUUGAUACUUGAUGCUGCUAAGAGUUAUGAAGAGAGUGGUGGUGAUCAGCUACCAGCUGACGUUUCUGCUGAAAUGUUCAUUGUUGAUAAUUGCAAGAGCAUAUACUUUGCUGGCCAUGAGAACACUGGUCUCACAGCAUCAUGGUGUUUGAUGUUACUAGCUGCAUAUCCAGAAUGGCAAGCUCGUGCCCGUGCUGAGGUGCUUGACGUCUGUGGUACUGAGUUGCCAAACGAUUCUAUGCUUAGACAAAUGAAAGUGCUGACAAUGAUCAUCCAUGAAACGUUACGUUUGUACCCACCAGUAGCAUUCGUGGUGAGAGAAGCGUUGCAGGAUAUAAGUUUCAAGAGAAUUGAGAUACCAAAAGGGACUAAUAUUGAGAUUCCAAUCCCAAUCCUGCAUCAGCAGUCUGAACUCUGGGGACCAGAUACCUAUCAGUUCAAUCCAGAAAGAUUUGCCAAGGGCAUUGCAAAGGCUUGCAAAGUCCCAAGUGCUUAUAUACCAUUUGGCAUAGGGAGUAGAACCUGUGUGGGGCAAAAUUUUGCAAUGAUUGAACUGAAGGUGAUUGUAUCGAUGAUUUUGUCUAGGUUUACAUUUUCGUUGUCACCAGGAUAUCAACACAGCCCUGUUUUUAGAUUAGUAUUAGAACCUGAGCAUGGCAUCUAUCUGUAUCUCCAAAGAAUUUGACAUAUUUCUCUUCUUGGAUAUUUGUCGAUACCUGUAAAUUGUAAUCUAUUAA